GCGAUAAGUGGCCCCAGCUCUGCGGUGUUCACGGCUAACGAUAAGCAUUCACGGCUGCACGCAUUUGCGGGUCUUUUUGUGGACGCCGCAACUCGCGCACUCAGACGCGGAGCAUCUCACGUGCGCGCGAAUAACCGCGACUCAUACAGGAGUGUUGGCCGUUUACGUGCCGCGAGCGUCCAAUAUAUACCCGGCCCCCGUCACUUUGUUGGGAACGUGGUGUGUGCAAUGAACUGCAUGAUAUCAUGAAGGGAAUCGCUCUUUUCGUCGUCUCGCUCUGCGCGUCAAGCAUCCUAUGUCUCCAGGAGAAGGCGUCGUCACUCACAGAAGAUGAGGCAGCCAGCAAGCGACGUGUAUUCUUCUGCUACUGGGGCAGCUGGUCGCACUACCGCAGUGGCGCCGGCAAGUUCUCAGUGGACCAGAUCGACCCGUCACUCUGCACCCACCUGGUGUAUGCCUUCGCAAAGCUGGAUAAUGGGGUCAUCGCGGCGUUCGAUGCCUACCUGGACCUGAAGGACAACUACGGCCUUGGCAUGUACGAGAAGGUGAACAAGCUGAAGGCCGCGCACCCGCACCUGAAGACGCUGCUGGCCAUCGGCGGCUGGAACGAAGGCUCAGAGAAGUACUCUCGCAUGGCCUCCACUCCGGAGGGGCGCCAGCGGUUCGCGCGGAGCGUGCUGAACUUCCUCGACAAGCACGGUUUCGACGGGCUCGACCUCGACUGGGAGUACCCGGCCGCCAGGGGAGGCCUGCCGCAAGACAAGCAGAACUUCGUGUUGCUGCUGCAGGAGCUCCGGAAAGUUCUUGGUCCUGGACGACUUUUGACAGCGGCUGUAUCUGCAGGGGAGAGCACUGUGGAUGGGGCCUACGAUGUGCCUGCGAUUACAAGGCACCUGGACUACAUUUCCGUGAUGGCGUACGACUUCUUCGGGGCUUGGAACAGUUACACUGGACACUGUUCACCGCUAGGAGUCCGCGAAAACGCCAGUGAAGAUGAGAAAAAGCUCAACGUGGUGCAAGCUGUCAAGAUGUGGCUCAACAAGGGUGCGGACCCGAACAAGCUCGUGCUAGGCAUGCCCCUUUAUGGCCGCACCUUCACGCUGGCCAACCCAAAGAACAACGGCUUCCUGGCUCCCACAGUGGGUCCCGGACCCGCUGGGCCCACAACUGGAGAAUCGGGUUACCUUGGCUACAAUGAGAUUUGCAUGCAGCUUCUGGCGUCCAAGGACUGGAAAAUAACGCGAGACGCUGGAGUGGUCGCCCCAGUAGCUGUGAAAGGAAACCUGUGGAUUGGCUUUGACGAUGCGCAAAGCCUCACAGCAAAAGUCCUAUUCGCACGCUCCCUGGGUCUUGCUGGCGCCAUGGUCUGGUCCAUUGAAACGGAUGACUUCUCAGGAACAUGUGGAGGUGUGAAAAACCCCCUGCAGAGAGCUAUAAAAGAUGCACUUGAAGCUAAUGCCACCAUACCACUCCCAACCAUGGCAACGAAUUUGCCAUCAACAACACCAGUGGAGCCGGAACCAGAAACAAUGUCGACUACAGGAAUUAACUUGCCAUCAACGCUGCCAGCGACAUUGAAACCAGAAAAUGAGACUGGUGUCAGUCUACUUACGACGACAGGUGCUCCUACGACGACAACAUCUGCACCAGAGCUAAAGUGUCCUAAUGACGGUUUCUACGCAUAUCCGAAUGACCCACACAGAUUCUACAGGUGCGUGUCGCAACUUGAUGGCACCUACACCAUCUAUGUCUUUGACUGUCCAGCGAACACAGUCUUCAAUCCCUCUGUCAGCGUAUGCACAUUCUAGGCAUGAAAUAUUUGUGCUCUGAAUGAACCAGACUGUGGCACACGCUGUCUAUAGCAGGCAGCUUCAACUAAAAGUCACAUGCUAAAAAGAGAUAUGCCCCUCCACACACCUUCAUUCCCUCAGUAGCAGUCACUGUCACAAUUUGAGACAUGACACAAUCUCCAAGUGGCUUAAUCAAGUUUAUCAGAAAAUCCUUAAGGCAUUUGUGUUUCUGUGGUCACAGAUGCACAGAAUCGGCUAUCUAGUGAAUUUUCUCAUCUAUAAGUGAGUAAGCUACCAUCAACAUGUAAACUAGGUAAAGCCACAUGUAAUGCGAAUGUAGAAAAAGCCAAGUCACCUGGACAGCCAUCUAUUGAUAUACAACCUGGCCUGAGAACCGAAAUAAUGUUUGUGACUAUUGCAAAUAAAAGAGACAUUGGCUGCA